CUUCUGCGAGGAGAAGGGAGGGACAGUGGUCACUUCUGCUGCUGCUUCUGCUAAAAUUUGUUUCUAUUUCUUUAACCUGCCGCUUCUCGUCUCCUCUUCCUCUACAGCAGAUCUCGCAAUGCGGGUGGGAGAGAUCGAAGGCGGCGCCCAUCUCUCGAGUUCCUGCUGGAAUUCGUCGCCGCCUCUCGGAACCAAGCUUCGGAUCGACCUCUUCUCGCUAGAUCCCUAAACGUCGGCCCGAAAGAAAACCUCGAUACCGUCUUUCUCCAGAGGUUUCCGUGCGCUUGCGGUCGGUCCCCUUCUUCCAAAGCGUUCCCUCGGUGGAGAUCUGCAGUUGGUAUAGUCUCGGUUACCUUGGAGUGACGGUUCUCUUUGCACCAUUUGGUCUUUCAUCGGCAUCGGUGUAUCCCAAAACAAAAUUGGGUUUAGGCCUGCCAAACCCCGCCAGCAUGAGCUUGAUCUGAGUGGCUUCCCCAAUCUCGGCACCAUGUGGAAGCAAUUCCUGAGUAAAUUACCUCGCAAGUCUUCCAAAUCUGAUGCUUCCUCGGGUUCCGAUAGUCAUCCCAGCAACGAUUGUACGGGUCCCUUGAACGGGAAUCCGAUCCAGCGGACUAGCAGUGGCAAUGUGGUUCCCUCACGAUCAACCACGGUGAAGCGGACUGCUUCUGCUAUCUUCCCCUCCAGUGUCGUCACCAGCAUCGAACCUCUUUUGCUAUUCAAAGAUGUUCCUAACUCACAAAAACAGAACCUUUUCAUCAGUAAGUUGAACCUCUGCUGUGUUGUCUUCGAUUUCUCGGAUCCAAACAAGAACUCCACCGAGAAGGAUAUGAAAAGGCAGGCGCUAUUGGGUCUCAUUGAUUAUGUUGAUGCUGGGGCUUCUCGUUUCACCGAGCCUAUGAUUUCUGCUUGCUGUAAGAUGUUUGCAGUUAACUUGUUUAGGGCCUUUCCUCCAAACAUGCGAUCUUGUACUGGUGGUGGGGAGAAUGAGGAGGAAGAACCGAUAUUCGAUCCUGCUUGGUGCCAUCUGCAACUUGUCUAUGAUUUGUUGCUCAAGUUUGUAGAGUCAUCCUCACUUGAUGCUAAAAUUGGGAAGAAGUAUGUUGACAUUUCAUUCAUCGUGAGACUGCUUGACCUCUUUGAUUCUGAGGACCCCAGGGAAAGGGAUUGCUUGAAAACAAUUUUGCAUAGGAUCUAUGGAAAAUUUAUGGUGCAUCGCCCUUUCAUCCGUAAAGCGGCGAGCAACAUAUUUUACCGAUUUGUUUUUGAGGCAGACCGGCACAAUGGGAUUGCUGAGUUGUUAGAAGUUUUUGGUAGUGUGAUCAGUGGUUUUGCACUGCCUCUGAAGGAGGAGCACAGGCUAUUUUUUCAGAGGGUUCUAAUACCUUUGCACAAACCAAAAACAUUAGGUGUCUAUCUUCAACAGCUGACUUACUGUGUGACACAGUUUAUAGAGAAAGAGCCCAAGAUGGCAUGUUCAAUAAUAAAAGGGUUGGUAAGGUAUUGGCCGGUUACAAAUAGUCAGAAGGAAGUCAUGUUCCUGAGUGAGUUGGAGGAGGUCUUGGAGGCUAGUGACACUGCAGAGCUUCAAAACUGUAUGGUCCCAUUGUUUCAGAGAAUUGGUUUCUCCAUUAACAGCUCCCACUUCCAGGUUGCAGAGAGGGCGCUAUUUUUGUUGAAUAAUGACCAUGUGAUUAGUCUGGUGUCCCAAAACCAGCAAGCAAUCAUGCCUCUCGUUUUGCCAGCUUUAGAAAGGAACACACGGAGUCAUUGGAAUCAAGCGGUUAUUAAUCUAUCACAAAAUGUGAAGAACAUGUUAUCUGAGAUGGACGAAGAGAUAUUUUUGGCUUGCAAAAAGGAGUUGGGCGAGGAGGAAGAGAAGAGAAGGAUAGCAGAGGAGAAACGAAAGAUGAUCUGGGAGCAUCUGGAGGGCAGUGCGGCCUUGCAGCCAGUAACUGGUAACACAGCCGUCCUAGUAAUGCCUACAGUGGCUCCACCUAUUACUGCUGCUCUUACUUAGGCCGAAGAAGUAGAAAUGGCGCGAGAGAAAAUGAGAACGAGUAGCCUGGGGUGUGUGUGCAGUUUCCACAAGUGCUUUAGCCCACUCUUUUCUGUUUCUUUGGGUUUAUUGUUGUGCCCCCUAAUUGCCCUGCUAGAGAUCGGUGGUGUAUUUUAGGGAAUGCUUGUAGGAGUAAUAGCAACCAUUAUGGGUACUUAUGCUAUUUAUUAGGAGCAUAAGCCAAUUCCCGUAGUUCUUGUUUGCCCACUUGGUGGUUCAUCCGAUUACAGUUGUAAGUAUCUUACUCAGCAGCACGAGGCACGCAGGGUUCUAUGCAUUGUUCGAUGCAGUGACGUUACCGACAGGAAGUGGGAUUUGGUGUGGUGUUGGACUGAUGGAUGUUCUUUAUUUAAUCGUAUUGUGUUUCUGAGUGCUGGA